UUUACUACCAGCAUCACAAGCAUCACCAGUGUGAAGAUGGCGGCGCACAGUCCCUCUCCGCAGCUGCUACUGUUGUUAUUCUUGUGCACCAGUGGCUUCGGUGCCGUUUUGAGCUUGAGGCCAGCGAGCGGUCCGGCCGAACCUCCGAACCCACCCGUCGUCAGAGCCGCAGAGGCCGCUGCCAAGGAUGCACCUGCCGCUCCGCCUGCCGCCGCUGGGGCCUCGCAGGCUCGAAGGGCGCCCGGCUGGAAACUGUCGGAGGAGGAGGCCUGCAGGGAGGACCUGAGCCGGCUCUGUCCCAAACACACCUGGUCCAAUAACCUGGCCGUGCUGGAGUGUCUUCAGGACCGCAAAGAGGACAGUGAAAUUGCUGCUGACUGCAGUCAUCUCCUCUGGAACUACAAGUUCAAUCUUACCACAGAUCCCAAGUUUGAGUCAGUUGCUACAGAGGUCUGCAAAAGCACCAUUAAUGAGAUUAAGGAGUGCAACGAGGAGGAGCGUGGGAGGGGCUACCUGGUGUCCUGCCUGGUCGACCACCGUGGCAACAUCAGCGAGUACCAGUGCAACCAGUACAUCACAAAGAUGACCAGCAUCAUCUUCAGUGACUACCGGCUCAUCUGUGGCUUUAUGGACAAAUGCAAAGAAGACAUCAACAACCUGCGCUGUGGCAGCAUCAACACUGGACACAAGGACAUCCACUCCCAGGGUGAAGUCAUCUCCUGUCUGGAAAAGGCGCUGGUGAGACAAGCAGAGCAGUCGGAUCAGGCUCGACUCAUCAAAGAAGAAUGUCAGCGAGCAAUCCUGCGGGUCGCCGAGCUGUCGUCCGACGACUUCCACCUGGACCGCCAUCUCUACUUUGCUUGUCGUGAUGACAGGGAGAGAUUCUGCCAGAAUGUUCAGGCAGGGGAAGGAAAAGUCUACAAGUGCUUGUUCAACCACAAGUUGGAAGACGCCAUGUCAGAGAAAUGCAGAGAUGCCCUGACCACUCGUCAGAAGCUGAUUUCUCAGGACUACAAAGUCAGUUACUCGCUUGCAAAAGCCUGCAAAGUGGACCUAAGGAAGCAGCGCUGCAGCAUGGACACCAACCUGCCGCGAGCCAGAGAGGCUCGUCUGUCCUACCUGCUGCUGUGUCUGGAAGCUGCUGUGCACCGGGGUCGUCCGGUCAGUGGCGAGUGUCAGGGCGAGAUGCUGGACUACAGGCGGAUGCUGAUGGAGGAUUUCUCCCUGAGUCCGGAGAUCGUCCUUCACUGCCGCUCAGAGAUAGAAACGCACUGCUCCGGCCUGCACCGCAAAGGCAGGACGCUGCACUGCCUGAUGAGAGUGGGACGUGGUGGUACUAGUGUGGACAACGCAUGCCAGAGCGCACUCCAGACUCUGAUCCAGUCGGCAGACCCCGGCGCCGACUACAGGAUCGACCGAGCUCUAAAUGAAGCUUGCGAGUCUGUCAUCCAGACAGCCUGCAAACAUAUCCGCAACGGAGACCCAAUGAUCCUGUCGUGCCUGAUGGAGCAUCUGUACACCGAGAAGAUGGUGGAGGAGUGCGAACAUCGCCUGCUGGAGCUGCAGUAUUUCAUAUCUCGGGACUGGAAGCUAGAUCCAAUCCUGUUUAAAAAAUGUCAGGGUGAUGCUGCCCGACUCUGCCACACGCACGGCUGGAAUGAGACCAGCGAACUGAUGCCGCCCGGCGCAGUCUUCUCCUGCCUGUACCGCCACGCUUACCGCACCGAGGAGCAGGGACGCAGGUUGUCCCGUGACUGUAAGAUGGAAGUACAGAGGAUUCUCCACCAGAGGGCGCUGGACGUUAAACUGGACCCGGAGCUGCAGAAGCGCUGCAUGACUGACCUCGGCAAGUGGUGCAGUGAAAAGACAGACACCGGGCAGGAGCUGGAGUGUCUACAGGAACAUCUGGAGGAUCUGGUCUCUGCCUGUCGGGAGGUUGUCGGGAACCUGACAGAGUUGGAGUCAGAGGACAUCCAGAUUGAUGCGCUGCUGAUCAGAGCCUGUGACCCUGUUAUCCAGGUUCAUUGCCACGAUGUAGCAGAUAACCAGAUCGAUACAGGAGAUUUGAUGGAGUGCCUGGUUCAGAACAAACACCAGAAAGAGAUGAAUGACAAGUGCUCUGUCGGUGUCACACACUUCCAGUUGAUUCAGAUGAAAGACUUUCGCUUUUCCUACAAAUUCAAGAUGGCGUGCAAGGAGGACGUGCUGCGCUUGUGUCCCAACAUAAAGAAGAAAGUGGACGUGGUCAUCUGCCUCAGCACCACGGUGAGGAACGACACGCUGCAGGACGCCAAGGAGCAGAGAGUUUCUUUGAAAUGUCGCAAGCAGCUUCGGGUGGAGGAGCUGGAGAUGUCUGAGGACAUUCGGUUGGAGCCUGAAAUUUAUGACCCCUGCAAGUCUGACAUCAGCCGCUUGUGUCCAAACGUGGCCUUCGGUAACGCUCAGAUGAUCGAGUGUCUGAAGGAGCAGAAGAAGCAGCUGAGUCCGCGCUGCCAUCAGCGCAUCUUCCGCCUGCAGGAGGUGGAGAUGACCGACCCCGAGCUGGACUACCAGCUGAUGAGAGUCUGCAAGCAGAUGAUCAAGAGGUUCUGCGCUGAAUCCGACGCGAAAAGCGUCCUUCAUUGUCUGAAGCAGAACAAGAACAAUGAGCUGAUGGAUCCCAAGUGUAAACAGAUGAUAACCAAGAGACAGAUCACACAGAACACAGACUACAGGCUGAACCCUGUUCUGAGGAAAGCCUGUCGAGCUGACAUCCCCAAAUUCUGUCAGUCCAUCCUCAACAAGGCCAACGAAGACAGUGAGUUGGAAGGUCAGGUGAUCGCUUGCCUCAAGCUCAAAUAUGCCGAACAGAGAUUAUCUUCAGACUGUGAAGAUCAGAUCACAGUGAUUCUGCAGGAGUCGGCGCUGGACUACCGUCUGGACCCGCAGCUGCAGAUACACUGCUCGGACGAAAUUUCCAGGUUGUGUGCGGAGGAAGCCGCCGCCCAGGAGCAGACGGGUCAGGUGGAAGAGUGUCUGAAGUUCCAGCUGCUGAAGAUCAAACAUGAGCCCUGCAAAAAGGAGGUCUUGAACAUGCUGAAGGAGAGUAAAGCCGACAUUUUUGUGGACCCGGUUCUGCACACGGCCUGCGCUCUGGACCUCAAACACCAUUGUGCGGCCAUCACUCCCGGCAGAGGGCGGCAGAUGUCGUGUCUGAUGGAGGCGUUGCUCAACAAGAGAGUGCGACUGCAGCCCGAGUGCAAGAAGAGGCUUCAGGACCGCAUGGACAUGUGGAGCUACGCCGCCAAGGUGGCGCCAGCGGAGGGCUUCGCCGAUCUAGCCGUGCAGGUGAUGACGUCACCCUCGAAGAACUACAUCAUCCUCAUGAUGGCGCUGUGUGUGUGCGUCCUCUUCCUGGUGGGGCUGCUGUGCGGCCGCAUCACCAAGCGGGUGACCAGAGAACUGAAGGAUCGGUAAAGGAGGACGACGUCAGCUCCUCAGACUCUCCCCCUCCCCGCACCCUCCCCCCGCCUAGUCUGUAACCAGCUGACCUGCAGUGCCAAUGCCAGCUUAAACAUCUGGCCCGUCUGUUCGGCCGCUGCAGAACAUUUGCAUCACGUGCAUCCCGAAAACCUUUAACCUCCAUGGGAGCGGCUUCACGAGUGAACCGGGAGCAAGCUGAGGUCGAGUUCCGGCCGAGGUUGGAUUUGAAAGUGCCGGUGUGACUUCCUCUGUUCUUUUGGAAUUUUGGACCAUGAGGAACAGAACACGCCGAGUCUGCACAUGUCAACUUUAAUUUCAUGAAUUCUGAAUUUCAUGUUCUCUAUAUCCUCCAUGACAACAGUUGGAGCCUGCACGGAGGACCAGCUCCUGAGACUCACCUGGUCCUGGAACACUUUUUCAUCUCAACAUCUGAUAGAAAUCAACCGCACUUUUUCAUUUUGAUUUGCCUUAUUCAUUGUUCCUUCUCAGUUAGGUCUGCUGUGCAUGUUUGCUUUGUGGGGUCGCCAACUGAAGAGACUCCAUUAUGGCUGCACUUUCUGUUACAUCAUGCUUCAGACGUUUGUGCUGUCCCUCAUCUUUCAAUACUCAAUGGAGCAGUUUUUCAAAAUCGUUUCUAAUGUUUUUAAUUCUCUGUCAUUUCACAUUGUCGUCCAAUAAUUUAAAUCAGAAAGCAAGUAGUUAAUUUAUACUGUAUUUGUCAUAUUUGUCCAAAAUGCUUUCUUUCAAUAUUUGUUUUAUCUGGUGUUUUUUUCAGGGGGUGGGGCUGAAAGAGUAUUUAAUUAUAAACAAAGCAUUAUUUCUUUGCAGUAGUUUUCUAAUUUGAUUUUUUUUCUGCUCGUUUCUUGAUUUAUUUCUGUCAUGGUCUUUUUUUUUUAUUCUGUCUUUAUCUUGUGAAGUAUUAUUUGUAUUAAAAAAUGUGUCUUUAUUUAUGAAACCAGAUUUUUUUUUGUCUCAAUUGAUUAUUUAAACAUUAAACAAGUGCUAUCCGGAGGCUUAACAUUGAGUAACACUACUGUGUUGGUUGAUCUUCUGAAAUGACUAAACUCCAAUGUUUUUUUGUUUUAAAAAUCCCAGAGCUGCUUUGAUGAGUGAUCAGUUCAGGUUCAGUGUUGAGACUAAUCAUUUGACACAGCUCCUCAGGCACAAGUGGACAGUCGACAACAACAAUGAGCACAGUUUCAGUUCAUUUUGGAAGGAGCUUUUUCAUCUGGUUAUCUGGUGUGGCAGGUGCAAUUGGUACGUCCGGACACGUACAACUGUGGUGUGACACGGGACUGCCCUUGGACUCCACGUCAGUUCCAGCAGCGAGAUGAUGGAGACAACAUGUCGAGGACUGCUCAUCUCCAAAAGCACCUUUUGGUUGAGUGCACUGGAGGUCUGGAUGUGUACAAAGUAUCAGUGUGCUGUUAUAACUUUCAGACUAUUGUGAUAUACAAAAGUGAGAAAUUUAUCAUUGUGACUUUUCAUUUUGCUGUAUAGAUUAAAUUUGUCAGUUUAAUAAUAAAAAAA